AUGGCUUCCUCACACCUGGCAGAAGUACUCGCCGAAGUAUUUGGCAAUCUUGAAAUUGACCAAGAAAGAACCCGAAGUAGGGUCGUCGACGAAGUACUCAUUCCCGACCUACGCGAGCGUCGACUCACACUCAUAACCAGCGACAAUCCAUGUUUCAGGCCUGCUCGGCAUCUUGGCAAAAAAUACAGCAUUGACAAAACCUCAAAUCGUUACACCAAUUUUGUCCGCUCCUUGAGGGGUUAUAAGGAAUACCCUUUCAUACUGCUGCAGAACCCGAGUAACUUCCAUGAUCAACCUUUUGAAGAAAUGAAAAGAUGUUCUACAAUCGAUUUUAUAACAACGCGUCUCCGCGAAAACGGACUUGAUAUCGAUGAGGUGCCAAUAAUCGACAUAUGUUCCCUGUUCAGCGACGACGAUUUGCGAAGCAUGAGUAGGCAGGAAAGAGCCAACGCCAUGGAGGAUUCGUACCAAAUGGUAGAAGAAGUUCUCAGCAUCCUGCGACCUCGUCUGAUAGUCGUUUGUCAAUGUGUCACAGAAUACGGGCGAAUGAACAGCGAUAUAUGGACACGUGCGAAUAAUUCCUUGGCCAGGAAACUGUGCUCCAGUGUUAGUGAAGCGCGUGCUGAGCGCGCCGUUCGCGUUCGCCAUGGGAUGCUGGAUACUUGGGCUAUCAAGGGCAUGCACCCAAUGCGUGCCAUUCAUCAGUUUAAUGCUGGCCACGAAGAGGAGGAUGAAAUAAUGCGCGCUCUCUUCCGUGAUAUAUACAGUCCAUGCCGUCGUGAGCGAGCCAAGAUGGCCCUUCGAACUCUUGCCUUCAUACGAAGGCAGUCACGAGUACAAGCUGAGCCAAGAAAGGCGGCCAUCAUGCAAAGUCAACAAAUUGGAUAA